UCUCUGCAGGCGCUGCGCGUUCAGCGGCGAGCGGACACGGCGGAGACACGGAGCAGACAGCACCAUGACUGCGCCCAGCAACACCUACGAUGUUAUAGUGGUCGGCGGAGGAAUAUCAGGUUUAUGUGCAGCGAAGUUGUUGAAAGCCAGUGGACUGAACCCUGUGGUCCUGGAGGCCAGGGAUCGGGUCGGUGGUCGUACCUUCACUGUGCGGAAUAAGGAGACAAAGUGGGUUGAUCUGGGCGGGGCUUACAUCGGACCAACUCAAAACCGCAUACUCCGACUGGCACAUGAGUAUGGCAUAAAGACCUACAAAGUCAACGAAGAGGAGAGCCUGGUGCAUUAUGUCAAUGGAAAGUCUUACCCGUUCAAAGGCUCCUUCCCUCCCAUGUGGAACCCCUUUGUCAUCUUGGACUCAAACAACCUGUGGAGGACAAUAGAUGAGAUGGGCAAGGAGAUUCCCAGGGAGGCCCCCUGGAGAGCUCCCCAUGCUGAGGAGUGGGACAAGAUGUCCAUGCUGGAGCUCUUUGAAAAAAUCUGCUGGACCAGAACUGUUCGUCACUUUGCCAAAUUGUUUGUCAAUGUGAAUGUGACUUCUGAGCCCCAUGAGGUAUCGGCUCUGUGGUUCCUCUGGUAUGUGAAACAGUGUGGAGGAACCAUGAGGAUCUUCUCCACCUCCAAUGGAGGACAAGAGAGGAAGUUUGUGGGCGGCUCUGGUCAGAUCAGUGAGUGCAUAGCCAGGGAACUGGGAGACCGAGUGAAGCUGCAGUCUCCAGUCUUCAGGAUCGACCAGACCGGAGACAUGGUGGAGGUGGAGACGUUGGACAAACAGACCUACCUAGCCAAAUAUGUUAUUGUGGCCACCCCUCCUGGUCUGAAUCUGAAGAUGCACUUCAAGCCUGAGCUUCCACCGCUGAGGAACCAACUGAUCCAUCGCGUCCCCAUGGGCUCUGUCAUCAAGUGCAUGGUCUACUACAAAGAGAACUUCUGGAGGAAAAAGGGUUACUGUGGCAGUAUGGUGAUUGAAGAGGAGGGCUCUCCCAUUGGCUUGACACUGGAUGACACAAAGCCUGAUGGGACUGUACCUGCCAUUAUGGGAUUCAUUCUUGCCCGCAAAUGCAGAAAGCUGUCAGGGCUGACUAAAGAGGAGAGGUUGAAGAGGAUCUGUGAGAUCUACUCCAGAGUGCUGGGUUCAGAAGAGGCCCUGCAUCCGGUGCACUAUGAGGAGAAGGACUGGUGUGAAGAGGAGUACUCUGGGGGCUGCUACACAGCCUAUUUCCCCCCAGGAAUCCUUACCCAGUAUGGCAAGGUGCUGAGGGAACCGGUUGGCAGGUUGUACUUUGCAGGCACGGAGACAGCCACAGAAUGGAGUGGCUACAUGGAGGGGGCAGUACAGGCUGGAGAGAGAGCAGCCAGAGAGGUCAUGUGUGCUUUGGGUAAAAUCCACCAGAGUCAGAUCUGGCAGACAGAGCCUGAGUGUGUGGAAGUCCCAGCACUUCCAUUUGUCACCACCUUCUGGGAGAGGAAUAUGCCUUCAGUAGGUGGUCUCCUCAGGUUCGUGGGAGUCUCCACCAUCCUGUCCUUGACCACUGCAGCUGGCCUGAUGGCCUACAAGAAAGGCCUCCUUUCCCGGAGUUAAACUGCCCACACGUCAUCUCACUCCUUUGCGUCGAAAGGGGCCACAUCUCAAUACACACUGUACUGUUAUACUAGUAGUGCACUACUUUGUGGCCCAAACUAUAAAGUAAUGAACUCUAUAGGGUAUAGGAUGUUUUUGAGAAGCACCCUGCUGUAAGACAGUCACCAUCACACUGUGCACUGUCUGUUCACAACACAAAGAGUGAUGGGCUGAUAAAAAGUUAAGAGAUGCUAGUUUUAGAGAAGUGAAGAGGACCUAGCUUCAGUUUAAAUCUACAACAAAUCUGAGAUUUAGAUUGUGAAACCAAUGAAGGAAAAAAAGAGAAGAACAAAAUCAAUUCUUAAAAGGAAAAAAUAAAAAUCUAUCACUAUUGAUAUUCCAUACAUGCCAAUGACAUUCACAUUCUUGAUUACAUAUGAGGUCAUGCUUCUGUGUGUGAGCUUUGUUUGUAUGCAUGUGCACAUGCUUUUGUGAGUAUACACUUGUGAGUGUGUGUUUGUCAGUUGUGCGUGUGCGGUGUGUAUGUGCGUAAUCGGACUUGCUGGCAGAAGUACCAGAACAAGACAGAGUGAGGAUAUUUUUGGAAAGCGUGAACAUUUUGUCUGGUCCUCACAACUUCAAGGUUCAGACUUGGUUUUAACGGUUAUGUUAGAAUUAGGUGUAUGUGUAGGUUAGGGUAAGGCAUUUAAUUGUGAUGGUUAAGGCUAGGGUGAGGUUACAAAUAUGUGUGUGUGCACCUAUGUAUGUAUCUGUUUAAUUACCUCUGCUGAUUUUAGGUGCUGAUUUAUUCUGUCCCAGCAGCUGUAGCUGUUGAGAUCCAGAGAACAGAAGAAGAGAAUAGGGUCAUGCCAUUGCCCACAAAAUCACAGAGGAGGGUUAAUAUAAGGCCUGUGAUAUUCUGUUUUUCUUAUUGUCAACAAAUGCUAUGACAACACACAACUGUACUGAUGUUUGUGUAGCUUAAGGCUGACAUAUCUUAUUCCUCAGUGCCAAACAGCUCUUCCUUCAUUUAUCUUCCGACAUAAUGAACAUGGCCACUGUUGUUUAUUGUUAGUCAACCCCACGUACACCUUCCUGAUAAUUUUAAGGUGUGUUCAGACUGAAUGCAAAGCACAAUACUUGUGCAUUUAGUGUUUAUUUGCCCCAGCAGCAAAGUGACAACUAAUGUAUGUGCAGCUAGCAGCAUAUUCACCAUGUGUGUGCAGUGUGGCUGUAUUAAUGUGUUUAUUUGUAUUCAUGAGCUUUAUUUGAAAGGCCACUCUAUGAUCUCAAACCUCAGCAGGAACCCCAGCUCUCUCUCCUUUUCCUCUUUUCUCUGUAAUAUUAUGAAGUGGAGUUAUACAGCCUUGGGAUAAGUUCAAAUCUUUUGCUCAAGUUGAAACAGUUUCAAGUCAAGUGAAUUUUAUUUUUUAACCCAAGCAUCAUAUUUUGACUGAAAGGACAACCGUCACUGUAGUUUACUUUAAACUGAUCCCUGAACAGCAUGCUUAUAACAGAUGUUACUCACUAGCACACCACAUCCACUGCUCAAAGUCAACAAACAUACUAUAUUACUCAGUCUGGCUUAAAUGUUAGAAAAGACAUGCUGAAUAUUUUGACCCGUUUUAAAGAUUAACAUCUUUACAUCUAGAUGUUAACAGUGUAGGGAAGUGAGAGACAGAAUAAUUCAUGGCUGGUUUACAGUACAUGGGAUUUGUUGACAGUGAGGGAAAGAACAAGACAUUAUUUAAUACUUAGUUGGGGUUAUGUAUUGCUACUAUGCUGCUCUGUACGGUUAUCUUUUGGUAAAUGUAAUGGAAGCAUUCGAAUGUAAUUUCUUCAGACUAGUUAACACAAGCUAUUUGUUGCUUUAAUAUGAUCAGAUUGUUGACAUAUAUAUUUUUACUUUUACUCAUUCUUGAUUUAGAUGAACACAAGGGUUAGUACUGUAGCUAACCAAAAACACAUACUAAGCUUGAAAAGCACAUAACAAAACUGAUAUGUGCAUUUUUAUUGGAAGCCAUUUUACAGUCAUCCACCAUGGAAAUAUGUGGCCAGCCUGCAGUUCCUCUGAGAAGGCCUCCAACAAUAGAGUGCUAGAUUCAAUAGACUUACAUUAUUGCACUUAUCAGAUGCUUAUUGUAUUAUUUACUUCUACUGUGCUAUUUACUUGAUCUAUUUAGUUUCAAUCACACAAGAUGUAUCUUAUGUUUUGUAAGGAAAGUGUUGAUUUGUUAAAGAGUAGAGAAAAUUUCCUCUUCUGAAAGUAGAUUAAAAAACAAUCAAACAGAUGAAUAGAUGAAGGAUCAUUCCCAGAAAGAUAUACAGACAUUUGGAGAAACAUCAUUUCAUGAUUUACAAUUAAAAACACAACUAACAGCUUGCAGUAAAAACUAAUUUGUUGGCCACAUUGCAAGCACUUCAACCAAUCCAUGAUGAGUUGUGCUUCUGUUUUUGCAGAUUUGCCAGAGUAGGAGUCGUGUUCGUUUCAUCACACAAUGGAAAUGUAAUUAUGGAAGUAGUAGAGUUCUUCUCUUAGCGGAUCUGUUUUAAAGAGCAUUGUACUGUGUGUGCAGCUCUGUAUGCCCACUGAUGGAAUCAUGCUGUUCUUCUCCCAAAGACUAGUGCGUGAGUGUAUGUGUGUGUGUGUGUGUGUGUGUGCGUGUGUGUGUGCGUGUGUGUGUGUGUGCGUGCAUGUGCGUGCGUGGGUGCGUGCGUGCGUGUGUGUGUGUGUUUGUGACUGUAAUUAUCUGUUGUGCCUUAUAGGAAGUUGUAAUGUUUUUGUCAUUUUUCUCAAGUGCCUGUGAGAUUCUGAAACUCCUUACUCCGCUCUCCUCCUCCUUGCACUGGAGGUGAGAUGUCAGAUGGACCAGGUCAUUGGUUUAAUGUGUCAUCAGUAACCAUCGAUAUGCAGGGACCAGCAAAACAACUCCAUGUCCCUCAUAGCAUGUCCAAAACCUUUGAUUUUUUAAUAUUCCCUGUUUUACCUGAGUUACAAAUUCAGUACAGACUUGACUCAGGCAAAGCUGGGUGUAUAACAUAGUGUCAGUGUCAGUGUUGGGUUGACCAAACUGCUUAUAUCAAGUGAAGCCAAGUCUGUGUAUGUUCUGUAUUGUGAUUGCAGUGCUUCUGUCUCCUCUUGUUGUGGUGCCCUCAUGUCUCUCUGGCUGCUUAACUGUGUACACCCCUUACUCAUUUGACCUAUCCCCUUUUCACCCAGCACAUGCACUGGUUUUGCACUCACCUAGGCUACUCUAGAAGUAAUGACUGGAUAAUGACGUCGCUCACAUUUUUACCCAUCUCUAAAAGUCUUACUUUGUCUGACUUCAGUGAACAAACACAACCAGUACACUCUGUCCAUCCUUUCAAACUGCAGGACUAGCACCAUCAACAGACAUAAUGUACAAUUAUUUGUUAUCUGAUCCCUUUUCAUUGUUUUCUGGAGACCUUUGACUGUUCCUGCAUUCCUCUUGUCCUUUUGUGUAUCCGGGCCUCCUUAAUUAUUUGUGUGACCAAUGAUUUGAUGUAUUUGAUUCCUCAAACAAAGCUGAUGAUAUUACAAGACAAAAUGUGAAAUAAAU